GUGAAUGAAGCCAGGCUGCAGAGAGCCUCAAGAGCUCAGAGCCAGAGCAGGGCACCUCCUUACCCUCUUGUGCCCCCUCCUCCGCCUGCAGCCCAUGUGUCCUCCAGGAAGCCAAACAAGAAGCCUUGUGACUAUCAUCUGUGAGCCCUGGAUUACUGGGCAGCUGCAGGAAGACUCUGUGUAACCUUCUGCAGAGACUGGAACAAGCAGACAAUUGUCACAGUCCAAGCUGCUACACAGCACAGUGACAUGAGCUGAGGGAGUGAAGAAAAUGUCGGUCAGCAUACAUGAGAACCGCAAGUCCAGAGCUAGCACUGGCUCUAUGAACAUCUACCUAUUCCACAAGACUUCCUAUGCUGACAAUGUGCUAACUCAUCUGAACCUAUUAAGACAGCAGUGCCUCUUCACCGAUGUCUUACUGCUGGCGGGAAGCAGGUCUUUUCCCUGCCAUCGGGCAGUCCUUGCUGCUUGCAGUCGCUACUUUGAAGCAAUGUUCAGUGGCGGUCUUAAAGAAAGCCAGGCCAAUGAGGUGAACUUUCACAAUGCUAUCCAUCCAGAAGUUUUAGAACUUCUAUUGGAUUAUGCCUAUUCCUCCAGGGUCAUAAUAAAUGAAGAAAAUGCAGAAUCCCUUUUGGAAGCUGGAGAUAUGUUGGAGUUUGAGGACAUCAGAGACGCAUGUGCUGAUUUCUUAGAGAAGAACCUUCAUCCUACCAACUGUUUAGGCAUGCUUCUCCUCUCCGAUGCCCAUCAGUGUACCAAGUUGUACGAACUGUCUUGGAGAAUGUGCCUUACCAACUUCCAAACCAUCUGCAAAACAGAAGACUUUCUACAGUUACCCAAAGAGUUUGUUGUCCAACUCUUAUCCCAUGAAGAACUGGAAACUGAAGACGAGAGGAUGGUGUAUGAGUCAGCGAUGAACUGGAUAAACUAUGACCUAAAUAAACGUCACUGUUACUUAGCUGAGCUCCUCCAGACUGUACGAUUAGCUCUGCUACCAGCCAUAUAUCUCAUGGAGAAUGUGGCCAUGGAGGAGCUGAUCAUUAAGCAGAAAAAAAGUAAGGAACUUGUAGAAGAAGCCAUAAGGUGCAAGUUAAAAAUAUUGCAAAACGAUGGAGUGGUCACAAGUAUGUGCGCAAAACCUCGCAAAACAGGGCAUGCAUUAUUUCUCCUUGGCGGACAGACUUUCAUGUGUGAUAAAUUAUACCUUGUUGACCAGAAAGCAAAAGAAAUCAUACCCAAGGCUGACAUUCCAAGUCCUCGCAAAGAAUUCAGUGCAUGUGCAAUUGGCUGCAAAGUCUAUAUCACUGGUGGAAGGGGUUCGGAGAAUGGCGUCUCAAAGGAUGUGUGGGUCUAUGACACACUUCACGAAGAGUGGUCAAAGGCUGCACCAAUGCUGGUGGCACGGUUUGGCCAUGGAUCUGCUGAACUGAAACAUUGUUUGUAUGUAGUAGGAGGACACACAGCAGCAACAGGCUCACUCCCUGCAUCUCCAUCAGUGUCCUUAAAGCAAGUGGAACAGUAUGACCCAGCAACCAACAAAUGGACCAUGGUAGCUCCUCUCCGAGAAGGUGUUAGCAAUGCUGCUGUGGUUAGCGCAAAGCUUAAACUAUUUGCUUUUGGUGGGACUAGUGUUAGCCACGAUAAAUUGCCCAAGGUUCAAUGUUAUGAUCCUUCUGAAAACAGAUGGAGUGUGCCAGCGACUUGUCCACAGCCAUGGCGCUACACAGCUGCAGCUGUUCUGGGAACCCAGAUCUUUAUCAUGGGAGGGGAUACCGAAUUCUCUGCCUGUUCAGCAUAUAAAUUCAACAGUGAAACAUAUCAGUGGACUAAAGCUGGAGAUGUGACGGCCAAAAGAAUGAGCUGUCAUGCUGUAGCAUCAGGCAAUAAACUGUUUGUAGUUGGAGGCUACUUUGGAAUUCAAAGGUGCAAAACAUUGGACUGUUAUGACCCCACCAUUGAUGCAUGGAACAGCAUAACUACAGUUCCUUAUUCCCUUAUCCCCACAGCAUUUGUGAGCACAUGGAAACAUCUGCCAUCUUAAAGCACUGUACACUGGCAUGAGGACCUCAGCUGUGAAGAUCCAAGGCCAGCUCUUAGAGGAGCGCGACAAAAGGACUUUUUGAUCUUUAACAGAAGACGUUUGCCAAUCCUGCAUUCUCCCUCCCGCAGCUGGGCAUUCUGGCGCUCCGCUAGCAGAAAUGGUUACGAAUUUUUUUGAACUGAAGAUACAUUUUUUUCCGUGCUUCAGAUAUCAGUAUUAACCCCUUAUGACCAAAAUCCAAUGAAAAAAAUGUUUUUGUAUUUUUUCUUUUCUUUUUUGGGGCUUUUGUAUUUGGAACGCCCAGGAAGGUCUAUUUAAUGCGUCUGCAUUGCUUAAGUCCAUGGGGACAGUUAUUUGCAGAUGAGUUUAUUGUCUGAUAGACAUGUCCGCACCGGCCAUGGGGGGGGGGGGGGGGGGGGAAAGCUGGCGGGCUCCAAGUAGCAAACGCGUCAAGUUGCAUAGAGUCCUAGCCUGGCGUAUCUUAAGAUGUAAGACUACACAAGUGGGCCAUGCCGUUGGCAUUUUCUGAACUCGCGCUUUAAGGCAUUCUCAUCAUUAGCCACCAAUGUAACCUAGCCAGAAGGAAAGAAGAGAAGAAACUGUGAACAAAUAUUGGAUGUCUUAUUACCCAGAAUCCAUUGCCAUUUCAUUUGCCUAUUUAUAUAUGACUUUGUUAUUACAUUCCAAGGAGUCUAUUUAUUGUCCUGUGCUGUCUGCAUGCUGAUACAAUGCUUGUAGUUGUAUUGACAUGGGAAAGGCCCUCUUGAAUGAUUGUAUAUUUACAGACCACUACAUUUCGAGACAUUUGUAUUUGGGUACCUGCGUGCAGCAUUGCAACUCGGUGUUUGACCAGAUCUCUAGGCUGAGAAUACAUCAGUGUAGGGCGACGGCUGAAACUCAAUAUCUGGUGUCAGCAGCCAAAUAAAAAAUAGAACAGCAGAUGUAGCAGAGCUAAAUGUCUCAUUUAAGUUGUAUAUUGUGUGCACUAGAGCUAUAGCUGAAGAACACUUUCAUAUGGACUCAAUAGCUGGGAGUUGUAGUUUAGCAACAGCUGGAUGCACCCUGGUUGGGGAACCCUGUUCUGAGUUGUCAGUUGGAAUGACUCAUCUGAAGGGUGUGUUCACACGAACAUUGGAGAAAGUAUACAAGUUGCAAUGAAUCCUCAGCAUUGGGUGCAGAUAUUUCCUGCUAUGCGCUACGUGUAAACAUAACUUUAUAGGAAAUUGAGCAGAAUGUUAAAGAACAGAGCUCAUUUAUUUUAAAAAACAGCACCACCCCUGCCCUCAGGUUGUGUGUGGUAUUACAGCUUGGCUCCAUUCACUUCAAUAGCACUGAGCUGCAAUACCACACACAACCUGAGGAAAUUAACUCUGUUUUUUUUUUUCUUUUUUCUUAAUCCUGGAUAACUCCUUUUCAACCCGGUUCUGCUACAGCUGUAGACAGCAGUCUGUGCUGCCAAGCCAAACCAAUACCUACUUUAUAUAAAGAAUCUGUAAACCUAUACUAUGGACUGGUUUACUUACAUAGCGUGGAAGGCUCUGGAUGCUAUAGUGACAUUCUGACUGCAUUUCUGGCUAUACCUGAGAAACACACCCACUACCUCAUCCGUAAUAAUGCUUGCAUUCAAUUCUCAUGCAUAUUUUUGGUGUGUUUUUUUUUUUUUUUUUUUUAAAGAAACGGGAAUCUAAAACCUCUCCCCUUGAACUGUUUGUUACCUAUUAAAAAUGCAAGUAUUAGGGUAUGUUCACACCUUGAUAACUCGCAGCAGGAAAUUGGUUGCACUUUUCACUACCAUUCAUUUCAAAUCUGCCACUAUUUUCCGCAUCAUAUUAAAGUAAAUGGUUACAAGGUUAACAACGUGUAAAUGUACCCUAAAAAGGCUUGAACUAUAUAAGAAAAACACAACUUUUUUUUUUUUUGCAAAAACAGCAGCAAUCCUGUCCACAGGUUGUGUGUAGUAUUACUCCUCGGUCCCAUUUGCUUCAAUGGAGCCGGGCUGCAAUACCAGACACAAGGAGACAGGAGUGGUGCUGUUAAAAAAAAGUGUUUUUCUAAUACUGUACAACCCUUUUGAAAUAUCGCUGAAAUUAAGAUGACCAUUGAAGGCAGUGUUUUAUAUCGACAAACCCUUUCUCCAUGUCCUAUAACAUAUAAAUGUUAUAGAAGUAAGUUCUGUAUUUGGUACAUGACCCAGAGUGGAGAGCUACUUACACAGUGUUUCCCUAGCAGGCCAAAGGCUGUCCGGGCAUGCUGGUAAUUGUAGUUUUGCAACAGCUGGAGGCACCCAGUCCGGGAAACGCUACACUAACCUGUAGCCUAUGUAUUAAAAUGCAAGGGUAGGGUCACACGUACCGUAUUUUGCUGCGAUGCGCAGCACGUAUAUCCCUCCCCCUAAAUACUACAUUUUGCUUUGAAAUUGCAGACAGAAAUUCUGCUUGCUAAAAUGUAUAGUAUAGUGAAUGGGUUUCCGUUCACAAAUUCACACUUCACAAAUUCCAAACGAUAAAUCCGCUUAGAAGUUUCCGCCUGAAGAAUGGCGUUGCACAUUCUUCAGACGAAAAUACUUGCGGAACACAUUGCAGUCUAUUGGAGACUGCAGUGUCUGCACGGUGCUAGCGCCGACUGAUUCAAUCGGCACUUGCCGCACUCGGAAUUCCUGGGCGGAAACUUUCUGCCCGGAGAUUCCGCAGUGUGAACCUAGUCUUAAGGAGCCGUCUCUAGUCAGAGUGAGAAUAAUCCUUCAUCGAGCUUCGCACAACAAAUACUCCAAGCCCAGAUCAGCUUGUAAAGAGUUGCACUUGCCUUGCAAAUUAAACCCUCUCUUAUCACCAGUGCCAUGUAAAUAUUGUCAGCGCUGACAGCGGAGUGUCCGGUUCACGUAAAGGGUGAAGAAUGCCGGGCUGGAGCUCUUCCCUUGCAGCUAUAUUAAUUGUGACUAUUCACAGAAACGUACCACAGCUGCCGCCCACUAAAUCCUCCUCUCAAGACACAAACAUUAGCAGCCCGUGCGAUGAAGGGCCCUGGAUAAUGAUUAUUAAGUGACGAGUGACUUUCACAAAGAUGUCCUGCAAUGUGGUUAGGCAACAGGGAAAAAAGAUAGCUAAAAAACGCAAACACAGUUCGCUAAAAAACGCACAGACAGUUCAUUAAAAAAAACGCACACACAGUUCAUAAAAAAAAACGCACACAGAGUUCACAAAAAAACGCACACAGUUCACAAAAAAACGCAUACAGUUAACUAAAAAACGCACACAGUUCACUAAAAAACACAGUUUACAAAAAAAACGCACACAGUUCACUAAAAAACACAGUUUACAAAAAAACGCACACAGUUCACUAAAAAACAGUUUACAAAAAAAGCAUACAGUUCACUAAAAAGCGCACACAGUUCACUUAAAAAUUGUUUACUAAAAAUAACGCACACAGUUCACUAAAAACACAGUUCACUAAAAAAAUGCACACAGUUCACUAAAAAAAAAACGCACAAACAGAACACUUGAAGCGAACACACAGUUCACUAAAAGUGCACACACAGCUCUGUUGUAUAUGCAUUCUAUUUUUGCAGAUGGCAGAAAACCGAGCUGGUAGGGGUAUCUCUUAAACUCAAGUUGCAAUGCUGCAAAGGUAAAAAUACAAGUGUAAUGGAAUCCAUGUAAAGGUCAAGGAGGACCCGGAAGGAGGGCCGCGGCCUCUUCAAUGGAAGCUGCCGGUGUAACAAGACCUGUACUUUAAUUAUACGUAGUGGUAAAAUAAGAAGCCGCUGAGGUCACUUUCUCAGGCCAUCUAUCCGGCAGGUCACACGUCGUCCUAUCUCUUGUAUAAACUUGUUGGCACCUAGUGUCUGUACAGUGUUAUUCUGCUCUUACCUGGAACUGAAAUCCUCCACCUUUCCAUCCCUGCUUCUUUGUCGAAUACCUUUUUGUCGUCUUUUGUAUAACCGUUGAACUGUCUGCUCGUCUGAUCGGUAUUGACAACAUCCAAAGUUAUUUAUUUAUUUAUUUAUGGGAAUUUCAGUUUUUUUCUUUUUGCCAAAUCUGUUUGUUUUGUACGUGUUUUCUCGUUCCGCUGUAUACUUGUUGCAUUUUUUUUUCUUCUUGAGUGAAUUUGUGGUAAGAAAAUAAUAAAAUUGCACUGUGUAAAUAUU